AUGAGUGCUAGGACUCCCUUUAUUCCCAACAAUUCACGUCCUGCUUCGCGUGCUGCUCACACUAAAGACGACUCUGCUUCAACCCCUGCUAGAGAUGCAUCUUUUACUCCGGAUCUCAGUAAUCCACUACACGCCGACAUACUUAAAUCGACCUUUCAGGUCCCUUCGUCGAUCAAAGACUCAGAUUUGUCUGACCAUAACUCCUCUGCUGGAAAAAAUGCGUCCAAAUCAACCAACCUGAAUGGUUUGUUUCGAACGUCUUCGGGCUCACAAGGCAGCUUGAACCUAUCUGGGCGAAAAUCGAAUGCAAACCAAACCAAUUCUACUAGUACCGAGUCACCUUCUUUGUUGGCUACAGCUAAAGCGCUUUCUAUCCGACGCGAACAAGCUGGAACACCUUCUGUAUUCGCCCCGAAACCUCUCAAUGCAGUUUCUGCGGCUGAUCUACUCUCUUCGAGCUCUUUCAAGACACCAGCACUUCCUAAUUCUUCCGUUACGAACUCGCACGUCAAGAAUGAGGCGCAUAUAUCCAAUGGCAAUGAAGAAAAUCCUCACCCAGCUUCUCAAUACAAACUCGGAAAUGCGCCUCCUCAACGCGUUUUGUUGCACAAUGACGACUCUACGAGGACUAUUCCGACGUCUAUGGCCGGCCUUAUUCCCAAGCACGGUCGCCGUGACCACGAUCGCAGUACUAAGAAGCGCGGCAGAGUCGAACUUGACGCUGACGACGAUAUGAUGUAUGUUAAUCACAUGGAUCCAGGACCUGCAAAGAGGUACAAGACCAAUGCACCGAUACAGGUUGGGAUAGACCCAAGAUCUUAUAUGGUAGAGGAAGAUGUUGGACGCCUCCCCCAUGUCCAAAGUCGGUUCUCGCCUCAACUUCUCUCUAGCCCUAUCGAACGUUCAGAGUCACCCCAAAUGACGCGCCGAGGACCCCAUGACUACCAGCAGCACACCAGUCCUGCUGACCAUCACGCUCUAGGUUUUGGUCAGCAUCAGCAUCACUAUCUCCCGGGAAUGUCUAGGGAUCUUAGAGGAAAUGGCGACGAAGACGGCGACGGAGACAGCGGGAUUGGUCCUCCCAGUUUGAGCAACGGGAGUCAUGCAAGUAUUGGGAUGGGUGGCGAUGCGCUAGAUAAGCUUUUGGGAUGUCAAGCCGACGCAUAUAUCGAAGAUCACAUGCAAAAAUACGAGCAACUUACAACGAAAUGGAAGGAGUGUUCGAUGGAAGAAUGGGUCAAAGGGGCCGAUGAAAUCAUGGUUAAGUAUUCGAAGAUCUUGGAUUUUGUCAAAAAUCACAUGACGACCAAGCUCAAGCUAUUCACUUCCUUCGACAAACAGCUAGAGGCCCAUGAUUCUGUCCUAGAUAAUCGCGCCAAAGUUUUGGAGGGCGUGAAGAGCAAAUUGGUUGCACAAAGUGGAAGUAUUUUAGCUUAA